AGGGAAAAAAAAAAAAAAAAAAAAACCUGAACCAUCAUCAGCGCGCUGCGGUGCGGGGUCACGAACUAUGACCUUUAACAGAAGAAAACCAAAACAUAUAUUUUAUAAAAUAGCAGAGCGUCCUAAAUCUGUGACCGCCGCUUCCCGGAGACCUCACUAAUGACCUUACAUCAUCAUGACGACCAACCUGAAUCUGCUCUCUCAGCAGAAAAUGGACUCUGAGCAUGAGGCAGAGGCGCCAUCCUCUCCAUCAGACUCAGUAAUGACUGAGUCUCCACAGCGCUUUCAGGUCAUCUCCACUGAGCCUGCCACAACACCGCAGCGAAUACAGAUUGUAACCGACCAGCAGACAGGUCAGAAGAUCCAGAUAGUGACAGCGAUGAACCCGUCCAGUGCUCCCAAGCAGCAGUUCAUUCUGACUACGGCUGACAGCUCAGGGGCAGGCAAGGUUAUCCUGGCCUCACCAGACAGUCACAACACUAAGCAGCUCAUCUUCACUGCUGCAGACAGCCUGAUGCCAGGAAGGAUACAGAUUGUCACAGAUCCCGUGUCAAUGGAACGGUUGUUAGGACAGUCAGGGGAUUUGAGCCGACCACAGCCGGUGGAGUACUGUGUGGUGUGCGGGGACAAGGCUUCAGGGCGUCACUACGGAGCAGUCAGUUGCGAAGGAUGUAAAGGUUUCUUCAAGCGGAGUGUGAGGAAGAAUCUGACCUACAGCUGCCGCAGCAAGCAGGACUGUGUCAUCAACAAGCACCACCGCAAUCGCUGCCAGUUCUGUCGACUGAGGAAAUGCCUUAAGAUGGGGAUGAAGACUGAGUCUGUCCAGAGUGAGAGAAAGCCCAUUGAUAUAGUGCCCAGAGAGAAGCAUGCCAACUGCGCUGCCUCCACCCAAAAGAUCUACAUUCGCAAGGACCUGAACAGUCCUCUCAUCGCCACACCAACCUUUAUCUCCGACACAGAGACCGAUGGCUCCAGAUCCAGCCUACUCGACCAGGGGAUGCUGGUUAACAUCCAGCAGCCGGUCAUCCAGAGUGAUGGAACUUUGCUGCUUGCAACUGACUCAAAGAUGGAUUCUGGGCAGAGUGAUUUGGGGACGCUAGCUAAUGUGGUGACAUCAUUGGCCAAUCUGAGUGACUCACUAAAAGAAAACCUGAACAAUGGUGAUACCUCAGACAGCCAACACGAGGAGUCUGCCAGCGAGAUAACACGUGCCUUUGACACCCUGGCCAAGGUCUUCAACCCACCAGACGUAGGGGUCAGACAGAAUGUGGCUGAUAAGUCACAGUGUGUCAGUGGGACAACGAUCCAGCUGAUUGGUCGAGACCAGGAGACCCCCAUCAUCGAGGUGGAGGGACCACUGCUCACAGAUAGCCAUGUCGGCUUUAAACUGACGAUGCCCAGUCCAAUGCCUGAAUAUCUGAAUGUACACUACAUCUGCGAGUCGGCAUCCAGACUUCUCUUCCUCUCGAUGCACUGGGCACGUUCCAUCCCUGCCUUCUCAGCUCUUGGUCAGGAGGCGAACACCAGUUUGGUGCGAGCCUGCUGGAACGAGCUGUUCACUCUGGGUCUUGCUCAGUGCGCUCAUGUGAUGAACCUGUCAACCAUCCUCGCUGCCAUCAUCAACCACCUUCAGAGCAGCAUCCAGGAUGACAAGCUGUCAGGAGAGAGAGUGAAGCAGGUGAUGGAGCAUAUCUGGAAGUUCCAGGAGUUCUGCAACAGCAUGACGAGGCUUGAGACUGACAGUUACGAAUAUGCCUACCUAAAGGCUAUAGUGUUAUUCAGCCCUGAUCAUCCAGGUGUGGACAGCAGCGGGCAGAUAGAGAAGUUCCAGGAAAAAGCUCUAAUGGAGCUGCAGGACUACGUGCAGAAAACCUACCCAGAAGACACCUACAGGCUGACGCGUAUCCUGACUCGUCUACCCGCCCUGCGCCUAAUGAACUCAAGCAUCACAGAGGAGCUCUUCUUCACUGGCUUAAUAGGUAACGUCUCUAUUGACAGCAUCAUUCCCUACAUCCUCAAGAUGGAGACGGCUGAGUAUAACAGCCAGGACUCGGACUCUACAGAAUGACACCCCAUCACUCCCAGCACCCAGAACUGUCAAUUUAAAGAUUAGUGAGUCUCCACUUCAGGUACACUCUUUGUCUCUCGAGGAAUGCAGUGUUGAACUGCAGUCCAAAAUCCUGCAACAGCCCCUUGUUUUCUAACAAUACAUGGGGUAAAGACAUUCAGGAAUACAUAGUAGACUAAAAUAACACAGCAUUGGAAAGCCAGGAUGACUGGGAUGAAUGUUUUCUGGAGCUGAUGCAGUCAGACGCUAUGAACUAAAUGACAAAAGAAUCCUCUGCAGCUGCAGCUGUGCUCAUCUCCUUUAAUGUCAUUAUAGCACUUCAGCCUAAUAACAUUACCUUUUGACCUAAGCCUUUUAAAAUGUUGUAAAUGUAUCUAAGCCUUACCAUGCACUCUCAUGCUGAUCAUAGUUUAACAGUUGCUUUAGAUGCCGAUAUCAGAUGAGAUACACAAACACAGUCCAGAAUCAAAAAGUCAUAUCAACACGAACAGUACACGUGGAAGAGGAAGCUCACCUGUGUACUGAAAGAAGUCUGAUUACUCUGAACAUGUAAAGAAUUAGUUUGCAUUUGCAAAGAUCAACCCAGUAGAAACUGCAAGUUUACUGACUGUGCUGAUAAAUUUGGUUUUAACAAAGUAUGAAUUUUGUGAGUGCUUUACAAAAAUGAAACAUGUUUUCUCUUUUUCCAGUUUUCACACAAUUGGCAUUUAUGUACAGUUCGUUAAUUAAAUCAGUUGGAAAGAUGACUUCAAUCAGGCAUAAGUACCAAACCUCAACUAUAUUACUUUAUCUGUAAAGUACUUAAAUAGCCUGGCUGUCAUAGCAUCGAGCUUGCACACAGUGCAUUCUUAGCUCAACUACAACACAACUAAUGUCUAAUUUCAUUCUUUCAGUUUUACUUUUAACUUAUAAUUGCAAAAAUUGCAUAAGCCAAAAUAACCGGUUCAAUUGACCAUGUGUCUUUUCCUAUAUUAAAAAACAUCUCAGAGAUUUUUUAUGUGCAUGUGUGUUUAUGUGGUACACUUAUUCCUAGGUUAUCAUGAAUAUGUUGCUAACAUGAUCUGUGCAAUCACCUCAUCACUUUUCCCUUUAUGACAAUCAAUUAUGUGUUGUUUCCUUCUGUCCCAUUGGUGUCAUGACUGUGCUUCUUAAUUUGCUUUUUCUGUGUGUAUUUAUCAGUGGCAAUUAUUUCCUUUAAGGAAUGCAAUUAUCUUAAAGAUUUGGGUUCAGAAAUUUAACUUAUGUGUAGCUAUGCUACUGUUUUUGUACUUGUACUGUUUGCUUUUGUAUUCUGGUGCACAUCAAUCAGCUUUCGUGGCAUUCCACUGCAUUCAUGCUGACUAAACUUUGUGUUUUGUAUGUUUUCUGUAAACUUUUAUUUGUUGUGAACAAAUUUGCUUGUUGGAUACUAAGUGUACUUAAAGUACUUUUGGGCAGGUUUCCCUGAUUUAACAAAAGAGUGGAAUUUUCUGGGAAGCCAGUCAUGAGUGCAUUGAUGUCUUGAAGACAAUAUGGAGAUAUGCAUGGGCUUACCCUCUGGUCUAAUGGUUCAAAAAAGCAUCUACAGCAACAUGAAUGAUAAUGGGGAUGUAAAUAAGUCAACAAUGACCAUGUCUUGUGAAAUAAAUGUCAGUUCUAAUAUUUGGGUUGAAAACCCGUACAGACUGUUUGUAAAGGCACUGGUGUGAAACGACCUUUGUACAUGUAAUUUCAUUAAAAUGAGUGCAUGUUGUUUUUAAGCAGGGUUUUAUAAUCUUGUCGCUGUCUGCCCUAAUAAGGAGCAUUGUUAUAAUUUUUAUAGUGCAUUGCAGUGCAUGAAGAAGUUGCUUAAGCGCAUUUUAUUAAAUGCUGUAUGAAAAAAUAUUCAUUUAAAUGUUGUGGCUUUAAGAUAUUUACCAUGAGCAGCUCCCACAUUAGAGGAUAUUAGAGCUUUUUUUGUUAUUUUUUUGUGGAUUAAGUAUCCUAUGGUUAAAAUUUUAUACGGUGUAAAUGUACUUUGUUUUUCUGCUCAUGUAAAAUGUAUUUCUUCAAACAUUGAGAUUGAGAAAUUCAAACAUUCAUGUUUUGCUGAAGUUGGUCACAACCUUACAUUUCUACCUCACACCGAUGAAGAUAUAAAACAAAUGUAUUAAUGACUGAGCUCCUGUAUCAGCAUUCCAGUCUCUAAGGCUGGCUUCUCUGAAGCCACACAUUUUAAACUAAAUAAACAGUUACUCAUGAAAUAUAA